UUAACCCUAGACAUGUUUCUGUGGGGUCUUGAGUGUGGGAUGUUCUGGCUGCGACGUCCUGACGUCUCACCACUAAACCAGACUAAACGCUGCCUGCUGUGUUACCGAAGGUGUCCGAGGCGCGCGCCUGACGGAGAGGGUUUCUAUGUCUGACUGGACGCGAGACUUCGUGGUUGUAAAAUGAGCUCUUCAGAGGAACGGUGUCAAGGGACAAAACGACCCGCAUCUCCAAAUGAAGCAGGAUCCACAAAAUGGGCAUCAGCAGACUUGGGAACAGAUGAAAGGAGACAGAAGUUUCUGAGGCUGAUGGGGGCAGGAAAGAAAGAGCACACUGGACGCCUUGUUAUUGGAGACCACAAAUCAACAUCCAAUUUUCGUACGGGUGCAGAAGAUCAGAGGAUGAACUCUGAGCUGGAGCACCAAUAUCAACAAGGACUAGAUGGCAAACUUUCUGGCCGGAACAGGAGACACUGUGGCUUAGGUUUCAGUGAGCCUGAUCCACAAUCUGAGAGUCAGAGCACCGUUGAAUCAGGAAAGCCGGACAGCCCCAACCUGACCUCUGAGAAGACACAUGAACAGCAGGAGGAUCAAGAAAAGACACAUUCACCAAGCACAGACCAUGAAAAACAGGAACAGUCAAAAAACACGAAAGACUCAAAGGAGGACAAAAAAAAGACUUUUAAAAUGGCGUUUGUCAAGGCAUCAUAAAACGUCUCAGUAAUGUCUUCAGAUUCUUUUGUUCUUUUCUCCCUAAAAAAAGGUCCCUCCAGUGAAUGGCAGAGAAAGGGCAGUUUUUAACCAAAACUGAAGCGUUUUUUGAAACAUCAGUUUGUCUGUGCCAAGCAGUUUGGAUCUUGAAGGGUUGCAAAGAGGAUUUUCCUCCCUUUACUUUUUAUAUGUGCAGACAUUCUGAAAAAUAAAGCCUGUCAUUAUAUAAAAUUAUCAGUAUCAAGUGUAAGCAAAUAAUUGUCCUAACAUCAAUAAAGCUAAGAAGAAUGGAAUUUA